AAGAGGCUAACUGGCAGGUUGCUGUUGGUGGUUCCGCCAUAGGACUCCGGCACUGGCGCGGCUGCCCGGGUUGGGUAACGGAGAGAAAAAGGAAGGGAAGAGACUGACGGUUGAGCUCGCGCGCCCUCGCGCGCUCGCCCCCUCUCGGUGGGUGGGGCCCCUUGGCUCGCUUUGGUUUCGGGGCGCGCGAGCGGGCACGAAGCGGUUCGGACGAGGCUCCAUGGAGCUCCGGCGCCUGCCUCCGCCGCAGUCGCUCGCCUGGGGCUGAAGAGGAGUGUGUGGGGGGGGGUCUGUUCGCGGCUUUGUGCGAAGUUGGGCUCGGUUUGGAGACCCGACGGCGAGCCCGGGGAGGGUCCGCCGGCUGCGGGCUGUCGAGGCAGCGGAGCUAAACGGUUUCCCACCCAGCCCUCACCGAGUGGCAGGAAGAACCCCAGCCGCCCAGGAGGAGUCGGCGGCGGGAACCGACGACGCGGGCUGCCCACCUUCCUCGUUCCUUCCUCCUUUCUCUCACGGCUGGACUGUCGGUCUCCGCUUCUUCCUCUUCUCCGGCCCCGAAGCAACAAAGAGCCGGGAGAGUGGCGGGGAGCGCCACUACGGACUGCGCUCCUUUCCCUCCCUCUUCUUCCGUCUCCUUGGCCGAAAUUCAGGGAAAGACCCGCGAGGGGCGCCUAGGCAGGCCCAAAGCGGCUCCCCUUGGUUGGGGAACCUGCAGAGGUGGUCGGUCCGGCUUCCGCAUUUGGACACCAGCGUCUUCGGCCGGCUUUCCCCGCCUUCGCUGCGCUGCCUCCCAACUGCUGUGUUGCUUGUAAUAUACCCGGGUGUCUUCACUUCUCUUUUUUUUUCCUUUUUAAAUUGGGUUUAAAACGACCCCUCCUUCUCCUCCAUCUUAAGCAUCCUAAACAGUCUGAAGCGGUUGGAUGGAUACAAAGGGCCAGACAUCUAGGAUGUCCUCCUUUUCUCUUCAGAUCGUUAUCACCCAUUUCAUGACUGGUACGGAAUAAUACGUGUUUAUGCACACAAUAUACAUAGGUUUUUUUUUCGUUCAGGAGAGUUUUGGAAGACAGUAACAUUUAUUCAGGCUGAAAAUGAUCCUAAACUGGGUUUUGCCUUAUUGGACCUGUGUAUCUUCUGUGCCUGUUUUGGUCUUCUUUAACUGCCAUGCUCUCCUAGUUAAUGCAGAUACCAGUCAAGCGUAUUAUACGGCUGUUAUAAAUGUGACUGUAUUGAAUCCUGAACGUCCUGCUUCGUUAAUACUUGAGCGUGCACGCUAUGGGCAGGAUUCUCCCAAAAGAGCUGUCACAGGCCUGCUUCUUGCACCAUUGCCAAUUAAUGGAGUUGCAGAUCGCUUAGGCUGUGAUCCACGAACACGUUUUCAGGUUCCUCCAAACACCAAACAGUGGAUUGCUCUAAUGCAACGAGGAAAUUGCACCUUCAGACAAAAAAUAUUGCGGGCAGCUUUACAAAAUGCUUCAGCUGUUGUGAUUUACAACAAUGUAUCCAGUGAGGAUCCUGUCACUAUGACUCAUCAAGGUACUGGAGACAUUGUCACUGUCAUGAUCAGAGAACAGAGGGUUAAAGAGAUCCUUAAUUCUUUGGAAAAAAACAUGUCUGUCCUAAUUGCAAUAGCAGUUGGAACUCGCAAUCAAAACAAAAACUUUAGUCGUAGCUCCCUUGUCUUUGUGUCUAUAUCAUUUAUAGUUUUGAUGAUAAUUUCUUCAGCCUGGCUAAUAUUUUACUUCAUCCAGAAGAUCAGAUAUACAAGUGCACGUGACCGAAACCAGCGUCGUCUUGGAGAUGCUGCCAAGAAAGCUGUUGGUAAACUAACAACAAGGACUGUGAAGAAAGGGGAUAAGGAAACAGACCCAGACUUCGAUCACUGUGCUGUCUGUAUUGAAAGUUACAAGCAGAAUGAUGUUGUUCGCAUUCUGCCAUGCAAGCAUGUUUUCCACAAAACUUGUGUAGAUCCAUGGCUCAGUGAACACUGCACCUGUCCUAUGUGUAAACUGAACAUUUUGAAGGCCCUAGGAAUUGUGACAAAUGUGCCAUGUGCUGACAAUAUGGCCUUCGAUAUGGAAAGGCUAACCAGAGGCCAACUAGGCAACAGGAGAUCAGUACUUGGUGACCUUAGCAGUGACAGUUCCCUUACUCUCGAGCCACUACGUACUUCUGGAAUAUCACAGUUUCCACAAGAUGGAGAGCUGACUCCAAGAACAGGAGAGAUAAACAUUGCUGUAACUAGCGGCCAUUUUUUCCACCGUAGUUCUCUCUCUCCUCGGAGCCUGGUCUAUGAAAAUGACUUCUCUUCAAUUGAACCUGUCUUGGACAUGUACGAUGAAAACAAGACCUGAAGAGGAUCUGCAUUCUUCUUGCUUUGCUCUCUUUCCCUUUUCCCUUUUCCGUUUCUCAUUCUAUUGUUGUGUACUCCUUCCAUGGGUGUCCUUUGUCUGAAGAAGAGCUCCCUUUACCAGAACAUCUGCCUGGCUGCCAGGCUGCAAAGGUGAAGUUCAGCUGAGGCAAUAUCUGAGGAUGACGUCUGUGAACGGAUGAAGUAUGUGCACAAAAGUCGGCUGUUGGAGGUUGCCGAGUGACAGCAUUGUCAUUAGCAGUGCCAGCGUGAUGGUGUCGGUAUGCUAGAGGUUUGCCCUACUCAGUUAUGAUUUUGUACAACAGUCACCUCUCUUGAGUAGGCACAUGAUAUUUCUCUUUUUUUCCC